GGGGGCGAAGUGACCAGGCGGUGGCGGCGUCUCUGCCGAGGUGACAAUGUGCUAGGAGCCCUCGCUCGUUCUCCUGCGCCUCCUCGGCCUCGGCGCCCGCUCUCGCGGAGCCCCUCCAGCCCGCCGCUGCGCUAUGAGGGCGCCUCUCCGGGGCUGGCCGAGGCCGGAGCCGGCUCGCUCUGCUCGCGGGGAAGUGUGAAGAGAGAGGCGCGGGCGGGAAGCGGGGCUGCGCGCGGCGCUCGCGGGCCGGCGCGGGUUCCAGGUGAGCGCGGGCUCCGCGCGCCCCGCACUCGGCGCGGCCGGCUGGCGCCUGCCGGUCUGGGUCGGAGGCUGAAUUCCGUGCGUGGACCGCCGUUCCCUCUUCGCGGGAUCCCUGGCCACGAUAGCAGAUGCAUUUUGUAGGAGUAUUUUGAGGAUGAAUGUUUGCAAAUCAUUUUGAAAUUGCCAAGUGCCACAUACAUGGGAUGCAUCCUGCCUUUAUCCUGGAGUUCACCCCUGUGGCUUGGAUUUAUCACAGUUGUAUCUGUCUUCGAUCUCUGUGUUAACUAAAAAUCAAGGAAAGACAUGAGGAGGUUUGUUUACUGCAAGGUGGUUCUAGCCACUUCACUGAUGUGGGUUCUCGUUGAUGUCUUCUUACUCCUGUACUUCAGUGAAUGUAACAAAUGUGAUGACAAGAAGGAGAGGUCCCUGCUACCUGCCCUCAGGGCUGUUAUUUCAAGAAACCAAGAAGGGCCAGGAGAAAUGGGAAAGGCUGUGCUGAUUCCUAAAGAUGACCAGGAGAAAAUGAAAGAACUGUUUAAAAUCAAUCAGUUUAACCUUAUGGCCAGCGAUUUGAUUGCCCUUAACAGAAGUCUGCCGGAUGUAAGAUUAGAAGGAUGCAAGACAAAGGUCUACCCUGAUGAACUUCCAAAUACAAGUGUAGUCAUUGUAUUUCAUAAUGAAGCUUGGAGCACUCUCCUUAGAACUGUUUACAGUGUUAUAAAUCGUUCUCCACACUAUCUACUCUCUGAGGUCAUCUUGGUAGAUGAUGCCAGUGAAAGAGAUUUUCUCAAGUUGACAUUAGAUAAUUAUGUGAAAAAUUUAGAAGUGCCGGUAAAAAUUAUUAGAAUGGAAGAGCGCUCUGGGUUAAUACGUGCCCGCCUUCGAGGAGCAGCUGCUUCAAAAGGACAGGUCAUAACUUUUCUCGAUGCACACUGUGAAUGCACGUUAGGAUGGUUGGAGCCCUUGCUGGCAAGAAUAAAGGAAGACAGGAAAACAGUUGUAUGCCCCAUCAUUGAUGUGAUUAGUGAUGAUACCUUUGAAUAUAUGGCUGGGUCAGACAUGACUUAUGGGGGUUUUAACUGGAAACUGAAUUUCCGUUGGUAUCCUGUUCCCCAAAGAGAAAUGGAUAGAAGGAAAGGAGACAGAACAUUACCUGUUAGGACCCCUACUAUGGCUGGUGGCCUAUUUUCUAUUGACAGAAACUACUUUGAAGAGAUAGGAACUUACGAUGCAGGAAUGGAUAUCUGGGGUGGAGAGAAUCUUGAAAUGUCUUUUAGGAUUUGGCAAUGUGGAGGCUCAUUGGAGAUUGUGACUUGCUCCCACGUGGGUCACGUUUUUCGGAAGGCAACUCCAUACACUUUCCCUGGUGGCACUGGUCACGUCAUCAACAAGAACAACAGGAGACUGGCAGAAGUUUGGAUGGAUGAAUUUAAAGAUUUCUUUUAUAUCAUAUCCCCAGGUGUUGUCAAAGUGGAUUAUGGAGAUGUGUCAGUCAGAAGAACACUAAGAGAAAAUCUGAACUGUAAGCCCUUUUCUUGGUACCUUGAAAACAUCUAUCCGGACUCCCAGAUCCCAAGACGUUAUUACUCACUUGGCGAGAUAAGAAAUGUUGAAACAAAUCAAUGUUUAGACAACAUGGGCCGCAAGGAAAAUGAAAAAGUGGGUAUAUUCAACUGUCAUGGUAUGGGAGGAAAUCAGGUAUUUUCUUAUACUGCUGACAAAGAAAUCAGAACCGAUGACUUGUGCUUGGAUGUGUCUAGACUCAAUGGACCUGUAAUCAUGUUAAAAUGCCACCACAUGAGAGGAAAUCAGUUAUGGGAGUAUGAUGCUGAGAGACUCACCUUGAGACAUGUUAACAGUAAUCAAUGUCUAGAUGAACCUUCUGAAGAAGAUAAAAUGGUGCCUACCAUGCAGGACUGUAGUGGAAGCAGAUCUCAACAAUGGCUGCUAAGGAACAUGACUCUGGGGGCAUGAAGACCAUUUCCCCUAAGCCAUGAAAGUGUCUACACUUAUGCUUUUCCAUUAUUUCAAUUAGGAAAAAAUAUUAACUUUGUUGAAUUGAAAGUUUUAAAAUCCUUUUAGUAUUCUAAAACACAGUUGUUUAUAAUUCAUUUUUAGGAAUGUUUGCUUAUUUCCCUACUAAAAUUUGUAUCUGAUUAAAAAGCACACAGACAGAAUAAAUAACAGCAAACAGUUAUUAAACAUCAGAACAACUUGAAAAACAAAUUGUGUUUGCUUUUCAAAAAAAAAUUAUUGCCAUCAUGUCACAGGAUUAGUUUGGGGGGGGGGGUAUUUUUAUUUUUUUCUUAUAAUGUGGAAAAAGGGACAACGUAAAUGCCUUAUAAAAUAACUUCAUUAUGAAAUGUUAUAAAUUGUUUUAUAAACUCUGUUUCUACUGGACCUUCAUGGAAACAUGUUGAAUUUCUAUGUCAACAGCAAGGCCAUACACUGAAUUACUUCUGAGCAAUGAAUUUGUUGCUCAAAAAUCAGUUCCAAAUUUUGUACCAGGAAAAAACUUAAAUUGGAUAUUGACAUCUCAUAGAGUUCUUAUAAAAACAUCACAUUUAAACAAAAAAGUGGAGGAGAAUUUGAAAAUUCAAUUUAAAGUACAUGAAAUCAGAAGAAACUAGCUAGUCAUUGAGGGGAGCAAAAUGAAGCUAAAAAACAAUUGAAACAUUUUAAAAAGAUAUUCUGUUUGGGUUGCAAUCACUUCUAACACAGGCUGAGUGUAACAAUCAGCUUGGUCCCAGAAUUGAUGUGGGAAACUCAAUUUUCAACCACUUUGUCUCAUAAACUAUACAGUUGUUUCUCUCUUCACUCUAGAGACUGGGACUUGUCACUUAGGCUAAACAGAAUUGUAGGUGAAGGGUAGAGUAUUAGCCCUAAUUUUUAAUUCUUUGGCAUUUAGGAUUUUAGUUAAGUCACUGUGACUACUUUAUUUUUAUAUUUAAAUAAAAUAAUGCAUUACUAUCAGAAUUUCAUUGCUAUGCCAGAAUAUCGAAAGUUUUCAUCACUGGGGGAAUGAACUCAAUAUAUAUCCAUUAAACUUUUAUUUUAACUGAAAUGCUAGAUAUCAUUUGCCAUAAAUUAUGACUCAAGGAACACAGUCAUAAUUAGGCUACCUUCACAUGUUCUUUUUCCAUCUUAAAGCACUCUGUGUUCAAAAUACAUAAGUAGAAAACAUGAAAAAAAAGAAAAAUCUGUGACACCAUUUGACACCAUUUAAAAUGCCCAUAAACUUGCUCUACAUACGUAUUUUAUUCAUUGUAAAUGCACUCAGCAGCUAAGAGAAAUUUUAGGCAGAGGGUGGUGGGGGAAUGGAAGACGUGACCUCUAGAGUAGAGGAUGUCAUAUCGUUGGCUCUCAUCCUUUCUUUAAAAGCUCUAAUAGAAAAUAUUAAUCAGUUUGAUCAGGUUGGCUACAGGCAAUCUCUCUCUCUCUCUCUCUCUCUCUCUCUCACUCACACACACACACACACACACACACACACACGGAACUCACUUUCUAAAAGCUAGUAAUAUCGUGUACGAUUUUCUCAGCUAGCAUUCCUUCCUUUUUUGGCUUUAAACUGGUAUAACUCUAAGGAAGAAUUAUACUACAUGGAGCAUUUCAGGUUUAUUCCUUAAAGUGUAGACAUCCCUCACCUCAAAGUCUCUGAGAAUACCUGAAUUUUUUUCCAUCUUUAAAACCCUUUGCGUUCAAAAUACAUGAGCAGAAGACAUGAAAAGGAAGAAAAAUCUAUCCGUGAAAUUUGUGCUGAUAUGUUUUAAAUUUAUUUAAAUUUAAAAUUAUAAACAAAAUUUUAAUGUCAGGGCAUUUUUUUCUGACGAGAGAAUCCAUUGCUUACAGCAAACUUCUAAGGAAGCUGUGACUCCUAAGAGCUAGUAAACCACUGCCGUAAAUUGACAGUGGUCUCACAAGUCAACUGAGGUCUGACUUGACAAUCACAUUUUCCAUUUUAACUCUCUUCUUCCCUCUUUUCCUCUUGUCCUGACUAAAAUAUGACAAAAUGUCCCUGCAAGGCAUUCUUCCUUAAAUUUAAAAAGCUUAAACACUCAAGAACUCUUUUAUACAAUCUGUUUCACUUAUUAUGGACUUGUCAAUCAAAAUGCAUAUGUUAUCUAGUGAAGAGUCAAUGACAAGUUUUUAAAAAUAUAGCUACUCCACUGAAACUGAAUUUGACACAUUUUGGAAGCAUUUUAAGUAUCUGAAAGUUCAUUAUGGUCAUAGCAAAAAUACAGGAAAUAUGAAAACUGCCUGAGCUUGAAUGCCAGAGAAGAAUUUUCAAAGAAUCCUCAUAUGGUUUCAGCAAAUGCUGUGUCUAACAAACAAAAAAAAAUAUUAAAUAUUACAAACCACCAAAAACUAAUGACUAAUUAAAUUUUCUUUUCAAAAAUACUGUAUUCAAUACAGAAAAUUAAAAUCAUGAGUGGAUUCACAAUGCAUUCAUCUAAUACACUCCUUGUCUAUGGAGCUAGACUAAUAAAUAUUUCAAAUGACUUGAAUCUUCCUCAUCUGAGGUCUUCCCCAUUGAAGUUAAUGUCAACUCCAGGCUUCCAGAUGCUCAGAUCAAAACCCUAGAGUCACUUUUGACUCCUCUCUUUCUCUCUCAACUUUAAUUCAUCAGCAAAUUCCCUUGAUUCGGUAUCUGAAAUAUAACCAUAAACCAACGACUUGGCACCACAUCCACUGUGUCACUACCUGUAACCUUUUAAAUUGAAAUAUGCAUAUAAUUUGGUUUCCUAAUUUCCCAAUCCUUGCCCCUAAUUGUUUUUUUUCAAUACAACAGCCAAAGUCAUUCUGUUAAACAUAAAUUUGAUUGUUUCACUUCUCUGCUCACAACCCUGUGACUUCAUGUUUCUCCAACCAAACUUCUUACAGGGGUCCUCAAGGUCCUUCAUGAAUAACAUCCCUCUACACACACACACACACACACAUUUCUGACUGCCCCUUACUUAUUCUACUGUGACUGCCAAGCAAAUUUCUGUCUUAAUGUUUUGUUCUCUUGCCCAACAGAACUCUCACUCAUUUCCUUUAUGUCUCUGUUCAAAUACCUCAUCAGUAAGGCAAACUCUUCUCCCUCCUGCCCUCUCUAUUCCUUGUACACUCUUUGACAAACUACAAAUUUGCUUCUUUAUAUUUUGUCUAUCAUUCUACCUCCUCACCCCCCAACAUCCCCAUCUCACACCCUAGAAUGUAAGCCUCCUAAAACCCUGCACUUUGUUAGUUUUAUUCACUGUGAUAUUCCCGGUAGAGUUCUUGGCACAUGGUAAAUAUUCUUUAAACAUUUAUUGAAUUAAUGAACUGAAAAAUGUGUGUUAAAUUUGCUAAGUG